AGCAUAUGAAGUGCGGCCACUCUGGUAACUUCAACUGACAGCUGCAGAAACCGAGAGAGCGCAGACACAAAGUCAACUAACCAAACAGCACGAAAAGACUGUGAAAAUGGAGUGGACCGCGAUGGAGAUCAACCCUGAGAUGCUGAACAAGAUGAUGAAUAAGCUAGGCGUGGGUGAAAGCUGGCGCUUCGUGGAUGUGCUCGGGCUGGAGGGUGACCAACUCUCCGCCGUCCCGAAACCAUGCUGUGCCUUGAUGCUGCUCUUCCCUCUGACACAACAGCAUGAGUCUUUCAGAAAACAACAGGCAGACAAGGUGACAGGAGGCUCUGAGGUUUAUUUCUUGAAGCAGACAGUGGUCAAUUCCUGUGGCACCAUCGCCCUGCUGCAUGCAGUCGGCAACAACAAAAACAAAUUGACAUUUGAUAGUAACUCUGCCUUGAAGAAGUUUCUAGAUGAUACUGCAGGAAUGUCUGCUGAUGACCGUGCCAAACAACUGGAGAAGAACCAGGCAAUCCAAGAGGCUCAUAAUGAGGUUGCAGUACAGGGCCAGUGUAGGCCGGAAGCAGAUAAAGUCAACUUCCACUUUAUUGCCUUUGUCAAUGUAAAUGGACAGCUGUAUGAAUUCGAUGGGAGAAUGAAUGGACCUGUAAAACAUGGAGCAACCAAAGAUGAGUCCUUUGUAACGGAUGCAGCCAAAGUGUGCCGCGGAUUUAUGGAAAGAGAGCAAGGCGAAGUGCGUUUCUCUGCCGUGGCUUUUUGUCAGAGCUAGAUUGUAAGACACAGAACCAAAUUAUGAACCAAAAUGUCCCGGAGCACUCACAUGGCAAACACAACCACGUGUACACAUACAUCUGCAGACACUAUGCACUAUAAAGCACACAUUGUUUCCACAUAUUUCACUCUCAUCUCGUGAACAAAGCAUUCUUUAGCACACGUACACACAAACACAGUGAACAUGUUUUCCUCUGCUAACACUUAACUGAUACAAGCUUGUCCCUUUGUAUGUGACAUCAUUUAGCAGUGAAAAUUGUAAAACAUGAGAACUGAUCUCACCACUGCUUGUGCGCAUGUGUGUAUUUGCCUUUUUGCAUCUUUUUUUUUUUUUUUUUAAUGUAAUCACUGGUGCAUCUGUGUUGAACUAAGACUGAUGCUUAAAAUGCCUUUUGUACCAAUCAGAGUGGGAAGGAAAAGGCAGAAAACUUGUAUGGGGAAACUUUCUGCCUGUUUUCUCUGAAUGCCUCCAGUUGCUGUGUGGUUGAGUUUAUAAGGUUUUGACAUUCCUCAGAACAGCCCAAAUGUGUCCGUAGGAAUAAUUUAACCAUUGUUCGGAGCUUGCAAAAAAACCCUUUUGAGUGGUGUCCUCGGGUGUUGUACUGACAUUUCCCAGAAAAACUGAGGUUUCCUUUGAGGAGUUUGAAUUUGAAGAGCAAAAUGAUGGCGACAGUGACGGGAUUACAAUCAUCCUUUUGUUUCGAAUUUUGUUUGCACUUCUAUUUGAAAUAAAGUUAACAAUCUACAAAAUGCUCACACUGUCAAUAGCACUGUUAGUGUGGAAGUUCGGAAAACUCUAAAUUCCAAACAAGGUAGGGAUCAUCCGAAUAAAGUGCUACUCUCUGUUGGGUUAUUAUUGUGCCGUGCAGGGUGAUAGUACAGUAUGUCUAGGCUGUGUACCAAUUGUUUACCUUUUUGCAAAUACUCUGUUGCUGUAGUUCUAUUGGUGAUGCAGCUGUUUGGAAUUCAAUAAAGCAACCCUUACACUUCAA